AUGGCGACAUUACUAAAGACAAGGGGAUUACGCAUGACGGCGCAGAAGCAAGAAACACUUUUGAAGUUAACUGUGCUUUCUUUAGCAGCAAUUUUAUCAUUUGCAACACGUUUAUUCUCAGUACUAAGAUUUGAAAGUGUCAUUCAUGAAUUUGAUCCGUACUUCAAUUAUCGCACCACAAAAUAUUUAGCUGAAAAUGGAUUCUACAGUUUUCACAAUUGGUUUGAUGAUCGCGUUUGGUAUCCACUUGGCAGGAUAAUAGGAGGAACCAUAUAUCCUGGUUUGAUGAUAACUUCUGCAGCAUUAUAUCGUAUCUCAUGGUUAUUGAAUAUCACGCUAGAUAUACGCAACAUUUGUGUCUUCCUCGCUCCAUUGUUUUCAAGUUUAACAACAAUUAUAACCUAUCUGCUUACCAAAGAAUUAAAGGAUUCAGCAUCAGGCCUAUUUGCAGCUGCAAUGAUUGCGAUUGUACCUGGUUAUAUAUCUCGGUCAGUCGCAGGUUCUUAUGACAAUGAAGGCAUUGCGAUUUUUUGUAUGUUGUUUACAUACUACAUGUGGAUUAAAGCUGUGAAAACAGGAGCGAUAUGUUGGGCUACGUGCGCCGCAUUGGCUUAUUUCUAUAUGGUGUCUUCUUGGGGCGGAUAUGUCUUUCUAAUAAAUUUAAUUCCAUUGCAUGUGCUGACAUUGAUGGUGACUGGCAGAUUUUCUCACAGGAUAUACAUCGCAUAUAGUAUUUUGUAUUGUUUAGGAACCAUUUUAUCUAUGCAGAUCUCAUUUGUUGGUUUUCAACCUGUUCAGAGUUCCGAGCACAUGCUUGCAUUGGGUGUUUUUGGCCUCUGUCAAAUUCACGCAUUAGUAGAUUAUUUGCGGAGUAAAUUAUCUCAAAAGGAGUUUGAGAUAUUAUUCCGUGCUCUGCUUGCUGUGGUGAUUACAACGUCAUGUAUAGUUGGUGGUAUUUUAACCAUCACAGGAAAAAUAUCACCAUGGACUGGACGCUUUUAUUCCCUGCUCGAUCCAUCUUAUGCAAAAAAUCAUAUUCCAAUAAUUGCUUCAGUUUCGGAACAUCAGCCAACAUCAUGGAGUUCCUUCUACUUUGAUCUGCAGAUACUUGUAUUUUUGUUUCCAUCAGGCUUAUACUUCUGUUUUUCUAAAUUAACCGACUCGAACAUUUUCUUAAUUUUGUAUGGAGUUACUAGUUUAUAUUUUGCAGGAGUGAUGGUACGUUUAAUGUUAGUACUUGCUCCAGUAAUGUGCAUUUUGGGUGGAAUUGGAGCGUCUUCUUUAUUAGUUACGUACAUGAAGCAAGUUGAAAGUGGAAAAGUUGUUGAUAAGAAAGCCAAGAAAUUCGAGAGUAAUUAUAUCUUGAGGAGUGAGAUCGCCUCAUUUUUCAUCAUAGUAAUGUCUAUACUCUUCCUGUCUUAUACCUUUCACUGUACGUGGGUUACAGCAGAAGCUUAUAGCUCGCCUAGUAUUGUAUUGUCUGCACGGUCGCCUGAUGGUGGACGGAUGAUUUUUGACGAUUUUAGAGAAGCAUAUUAUUGGCUACGUAUGAACACACCCGAGAAUGCUAAGAUAAUGUCUUGGUGGGAUUACGGGUAUCAGAUAACUGCGAUGGCAAAUCGUACUAUUUUAGUAGACAAUAAUACAUGGAAUAAUACGCACAUAUCAAGAGUCGGUCAGGCAAUGGCCAGUUCCGAGGAAAAGGCUUACGAAAUUAUGAGAGAAUUAGAUGUCAACUAUGUUCUUGUGAUUUUUGGAGGACUCACUGGCUAUUCAUCAGAUGAUAUAAAUAAGUUCCUAUGGAUGGUGCGUAUUGGUGGCAGUACGGAAAAAGGAAAGUCCAUAACCGAGUGGGAUUAUUAUAACUCCGCAGGCGAAUUCCGAGUAGAUAAGGAGGGAUCUCCAAUUUUGCUCAAUUGUCUCAUGUACAAAAUGUGUUAUUACAGAUUUGGCCAAGUCUAUACCGAAGGCGGCAAGCCUUCAGGUUAUGACAGAGUAAGGAAUAUGGAGAUUGGAAACAAAGAUUUUGAAUUAAAUACAUUGGAAGAAGCAUAUACGACGGAACAUUGGCUUGUGCGAAUUUACAAAGUGAAAGAUCUACGAAACAGAGGGGCUUAA